AUGUCAGCGCAGCCCUAUGACGACGACGGCACUGCGUGGUGGCAGCGCAAGGGACCGCCAGAGCCAGAUGAAUGCCUGCCGGAUGGGGCACUCGACUGUGGGAAAAGAAAACCGGGCAAAUUUGGCUCUUCAGACAAAAACCGCGGCCACCAGGCCAUGUGGGUUGCGAGAGCGAGCGAGCGAGAGCGACAAUGGCUCUUGCCUGGCACUAGAGAAAAGUACCUCUCCCGGGAGUCCCUGCCCCGUGUCUCUAGAGUCUACUGUCACGCCUCCCGACUGCUGGCAGGCGCCACGCCCCCCUGGUCCCUUCUGGCUUCAGUCCCCGCUCUAUCCGCUUCAUCCCACUCGCAGCGCCCACACCAUCGCCUACUACUACCAGCACGCCCGCCUGCUACAGCCACUCCGGCCGCACCCCCUGUCGCUGCGCUGCAGACACAGCCAGAUCCGCUCCAUGUCUCGCUACGUGCACGCCUGCCCGCGCAGGAGCAGCCAAGAGGCGGGCCAUGGGCACAGAUCGUCCUCGCUGGGCGCUUCACGCCCACCCCUCCACCACCUCACUUUGACGCUAAGUACAUCGCACGAAGCCUUGCUGGGCUUCACCAGCCAUGA